AUGGAAGUACUCAAACAGAACUUUGAAGAACUGUACCCAAUAGUUAAAGAGGCAAUAUUGGAGGCAGACUUCAUUUCAAUUGACACAGAAUUCACUGGUUUAACGCCUCCUGGUGUUAGUUUCCAGCAAUUCGACAACAUGCAACAACGCUACGAAAAGCUGGCUCAAUGCAUUCGCGAAUACACUAUUGUACAGUACGGCGUCUGUGCAUUCAAAAAGACAGAAAACGGUUACACUGCCAAACCUUUCAACUUUUACGUUUUUGGCUGCGACACUAAUGACCUUCAGGCCCGCCGUACCUUCUCAUGCAGUGCAAGCAGUCUUUCAUUCCUAAGGUCCAACAAGUUUGAUUUCAAUAAGCUUAUCGAUGGCGGAAUACCCUUUUAUAACUUUUCUGAAGAAGACUCGGCUAUUCAAUCAGCAUCAGGAACUACCUUUGCUCAUCGAAACAUUCAUCAAGGAAGAGAAUCAACUCAUCCAGGAAGUAUUGCUUUUUUGGAUACUUUAAGGCGUAAUCUCGGAAAAUGGCUGCAGAAUAGUUCAAACAAGCCAUUAGUUGUUAAUGUCAACAAGCCUGUCCACAGAAAACUAGUAUAUCAGGAAAUGGCUAAAGCAGAAUACAAUUCUUUUCUUCAAGCCUCUCACAGAGACAGCAAAAAUAUGGAAAUUUCAAGAAUCACCGUAGAAGAACGACAGCGGCGACAGCGGGCUCUGUCUCCUCUGUUAAACUUCCGUAAUAUCAUUGAGCUUAUAAAAGAUGCUAAAUGUCCAGUUAUUGCACACAAUGCCGUCUUUGAUUUGUUCCAUACUGUAGAUCAGUUUUGGAGAUAUCUUCCACAAGAAGUCAGUGAUUUCAAGAAAACCUUGAACGACAUGUGGGAAACAGUUGUCGACACAAAGUAUAUGGCCGAAUUUCAUCCAGAUUUGAAAAAAUGCUUCAACAGUUCUGUUCUAGCUUCUCUUUACAAUACAGUAGAAGAAGAGAUCAAGGAUGGUGGACCUACAGUCACUUUGGCCAAGGGUUAUGGUGGUUACCAUGAAGAAGGUGCAGCAACUUUGGCACACGAAGCCGGUUACGAUGCAUACAUGACAGGUGUUAUAUACCUGGGAUUUGUCUAUUACAUUCAUGAACGAGAACGCGAGAGAUUAGAAAGUGAAGAUGACAAAACCAAGAACUCGAAAAAAUCCAAUAAGAAGAUCAAAACAGAUUCAAAUGUCGAUAAAAAUCAGAAGAAAUCAGGAAAAGAUGAAACAUUCAUGGACAAAUCACUCUUGCCAUAUUACAACAAACUAUUCUUGAUGCGGUCUGAUCUUUUAUACAUGGACCUCAAAGGAGUUGAAGAAUACGAACCCAUUGAUCAUCCCAAUCGUUUCUACCUUAACAAUGUUCCUAGCGAACUAACUUUUUCUGGAAUUGAACAAAUUUACCCCGAAAUACAACCUGCCCACGUUACCUGGACCCCAGACAAUAAUGCCUGGAUCAACAUUAAGCACGACAACAAGGUCGAACUUGUCAAACUCGGCCCACUUGGAGAGGAUCGUAUCCGGGACUUCUUGCCAGGUGGAUCUCGUGAAGCAGAGGGAGUUGCAUCUGGAAUUACAAAGGAAGCAAGCAAGAUUGAGAUCCUGACCUUCAAACAGUGGAUGGAGUUACAGAAUCCCAAGAAAGAGGACGAAGAUAAAAAUCAAGCCUUUGAUGAGUCCAACAAUGCCACACGCGAUUUUGUUCCUACCGGAGGUUCCAGCUAUGAUGAUCUAGAUAUUCCUAUUCCUCCAAGCUUUGCAUCUGCCAAGAAGCGUCCUCAUGAAGAUGGAAACGAACCCAAUGAAAAUCACAAUAAGAGACAUCAUCCCUAUUAA